AUGGACCACGUGAGCUCCAUGGAGGAGAGGAUCGUGGCGGACCGGAUCCGGAAGAAGCUGGAGGAGGUGAACGUCGCCGCCCAGAAGCACCUCGAGGGCGUGCAGGACCAUGUCAACUUCACUCUGCAGAAAGAGUACUUCAAGUGUGCACAUGACUGCUUUGAUAGGCGACGGACUCAAGAGGGGAUCACCAGCUGUGUAGACAACUGUGGUGUGCCUGCUCUUUCUGCCAACAAUGUUGUUGAGACCGAGAUGGCCAAGUUCCAGAUAGGUAGGAGGUUGAAUCGCUCAUUGAUGGUCUGCCAAGACAAGUUUGAAGCAGCAAAGCUCCAGAAGAUGAAGACGGAUGCAACCAAUGAGUUGGAGUCGUGCGUGAACAGAUCCAUCGACGACAGCAUCAGGGUCCUGCCCCAUCUGGUUGAGCAGAUCAAGUCCACCAUUAAUAUGAAGUAG